ACUCUGGGCUUGAGGACCUGUCUCCUCAGGACCCGGCGCGUUGGGGCGGAGCUCUUCACUCGGCUGCCGGGGGUCUCUGCGAAGCCGGCGCCGGGUGCGCAGCCUGCAGUGCGUCCCGCCCCGAGGGGCGGGGUGUGACCCGAGAGUUGAGAUAAGAGGCGCCUGCUGUGGUGAGCGCACCGCCAUACGCGGAGCUUCCUUGACGGCUCAGCCUCUCUGGCGGAGCCGCGCCUGGGGCGGCCGGGGGGCUUCUCUGCACGCAGACGCCGUGGCCCCAGCCCUCCCGCAGCCUCCGCUCUGGCUCGCCGCGCCUCCCGCCAUGAGGCCGCUGUUCUACCGCUGCUGCAACACCACGUCGGUGGAGAAGGGAAACUCAGCGACGAUGGGCGGGUUGCUCUUCAGCACGGGCCUCCUGGGCAACCUGCUAGCCCUGGGGCUGCUGGCGCGCUCAGGGCUGCGGACGUGCCCGCGGCGCUCGCCGCGCCCGCCGCCCUCCGUCUUCUACGUGCUGGUGUGCGGCUUGACGGUCACCGACCUGCUGGGCAAGUCCCUCGUGAGCCCCUUCGUGCUGUCCGCCUACGCGCAGAACCGGAGCCUGAGGGGCCUGGCGCCCGCAUCCGGCAGCUCGCUGUGCCAAACCUUCGCCUUCUUCAUGUCCUUCUUCGGGCUUGCCUCGACGCUGCAGCUGCUGGCCAUGGCCCUGGAGUGCUGGCUCUCCCUGGGGCAUCCCUUUUUCUACCGACGGUACAUAACCCCGCGCCGGGGCGCACUGGUGGCGCCUGUCGUGGGCGCCUUCUGCCUCGCUUUCUGCUCGCUGCCCUUCGCGGGCUUCGGGAAGUUCGUGCAGUACUGCCCCGGCACCUGGUGCUUCAUCCAAAUGGUCCACGAGGAGCGCUCGCUGUCAGUGCUGAGCUACUCAGUGCUCUACGCCAGCCUCAUGCUCCUGCUGGUCCUCGCGGUCGUGCUGUGCAACCUGAGCGCCAUGCGCAACCUCUACGCGAUGCACCUGCGGCUGCGGCGGCUCCCGCGCUCUGGCCCCAAGGAACGAGCAGAGCUGGCCGCCGGCGAGAGGGAAGAGACCCCGCAGCCCCUGGAGGAGCUGGAUCACCUCCUGCUGUUAGCCCUCAUGACUGUGCUCUUCACCAUGUGCUCCCUGCCUUUAAUUGUGAGUCGCUUGGCGCUAAGGCUGCGGGAGACUGAAGCGCGUCGGGCCGCAGUUGCCGGGAGGGAAGGGUGGGGCGCAUUGGACGCUGUGCAAGAGGAGCUGCGCCCUGAGCCAGGAGGGUUUGUUGCUGCGUUCCCCGGAUCAGCUUCCCUCCACAGCCCCCAGGAGAUAGAACCCAAUUUGUUGAGCCAAAAAAGUAUCGUGCUUACUACGGAGCGUUUAAAGCUGUUCACGAGAAAAAUGGAACUGCUGAAGAAAUUGAAGACCUCCGAGCCUUACGCUUCCUCUCUGUGAUCUCCAUUGUGGACCCUUGGAUUUUCAUCAUUUUCAGAACAUCGUGCGAGCUGGACCCAGAAACUUGCUCCUAAGGAGUGGAAUACAGCAAAAAACAUCUGGGACAUUACACUCCAGCUUUGGUAACAGAAAAGACUGUGGCUUUUGCCUCACGUGCUUGCUCUGAUGGAAACCAGCUGCCAUGCUGUGAGAGGCUCACAUGGGCAAAAAACUGAGGGAGAUCCCUAGGCAACAGCCUGUCCAGAGCUGGAGGCCUCAGUGCAACAACCCAUGAGGAACUGAAUCCUCCUACAGCCGCAUGAACCUUCUUGGAAGUGGAAACUUCCGAAUCCAGCCUUGAGAUGGCUGCAGCCCCCGCCAACGCCUCUGCUGCGACCUUGAGAGAGACCCAGAGGACCCAGCUGAGCGGCGCUCAAAAUCACCCAGAAACGGUGAGAGAAAUGUUGUUUUAAGUCGCUAAAUUUGGGGGUAAUUUUUUCUGCAGUCAUAGAUAACUAAUGCAAUCAUGACUAUUAAAUUAAUGGCUAUACAAAUUAUACACAAAUCCAUAGCAUACUUUGUUGAUAAAUACGAUACAUGAAACAGUUAUAAGCCUUGAUGUUAUACUAGGCUACAAGGGAAAUCUCAACAAAUAUAAGAAGGCAGAAAUCGAACAUUUCAUCUUCUCUGGUUAGGAAACACAUUUUUAUUUAAGUGGAAACCAAAAACACUCUCCAAUUACUUGGAAAUGUUAACUUUUUUGUAUCAUAUUAAAUGGUGCAUAAAACGUGCAUAUACUGUUUAAAUAAUAGUUAUAAAGUGAACAUUCAAGAAAACGCCGUGCAGGUCAAGAAACAGAACCAGAGGUGAACACUAUCCUGAUGUUGGGAUAACACAUGUCCUCUCUUGUGUCUUUCUCCCUAGCUUAGCACUGUCUCAGAUCAGAUUCCUCCCCUGCAGAGGAGAGACAGGGAUUCAGGUGUGUGUGAUUUGUGGAGCUCGUGCCCUCAGGAAAAAGGUGGUAAAGGACACAGGGACAGGGCAGGGACAAGAGCUAAGCAAGGAUGAGGUCUCAGCUUCAGCCUGACCCUGGAGCCUGGAAAGCACCACUGUGUUGGUACCGCGUGUCAUAAGCAAUCUUUGGCCUGGGUGUACUGGGGGUGGCCUUCAGGUCGGGCAAUUUUCCAGAGCAGGGGCCACCUGUGAACUGUUAGCAGCCAAUACUCAUAGGGGCUGAGGAGUGGGUGCCCUGGCCUGGAAAAAGGGAUGUGGGCAGCAUCCACUACGUAUUAUGUUUGAGAUUCACCUCACUGUCUGUGUGGCUGCAGUUCAUAUGAUAUCAUUGCCGAAUAAUAUUCUAGUGUAUGAAUAUAUCAUAUGCUGCCAAUGAACAUUUAGGUUGUUUCCCGAUUUAUUACAAACAAUGCUGCUUUGGCUAUUUUAUCAUUAUUAUGUCAGACGGGUAAAAGAGUAUGUCUACUACCUAGGAGGGGAAUUUUGGAAUUGUAGGGUAUGUGUCUCUUCUACUUUAUUAUAUUAUAAAAAAAUUGUUUUCCGGGCUUCCCUGGUGGUGCAGUGGUUGAGAGUCCACCUGCCGAUGCGGGGGACACGGUCCGGGAAGAUCCCACAUGCCGCGGAGAGGCUGGGCCUGUGAGCCAUGGCUGCUGAGCCUGCACGUCUGGAGCCUGUGCUCCGCAACGGGAGAGGCCACAACAGCGAGAGGCCCGCGUACCGCAAAAAAAAAAAAAAAAAAAAAAAAAUUGAUUUUCAAUUUACAAUACCACCAGCAUUGUUUGGUAGCAUUGCUCCACUUGUAUCUCUGGACUUAGCCAUUCUGGUAACUUUUAAUGGUAUCUCACUGAGGUUUUACAUCUUUAUUGGAGUAUAAUUGCUUUACAAUGGUGUGUUAGUUUCUGCUUUAUAACAAAGUGAAUCAGUUAUACAUAUACAUAUGUUCCCAUAUCUCUUCCCUCUUGCGUCUCCCUCCCUCCCCUCCCACACUCCCUAUCCCACCCCUCUAGGUGGUCACAAAGCACCGAGCUGAUCUCCCUGUGCUAUGCGGCUGCUUUCUCACUGAGGUUUUAAUGUGUUUUCCUUUUUAUUAAUGAUGUUGUACACCUUUUCAUAGAUUAAUUGGUUUGGAAGUUCUCUUUUUAUAAAACUUUUGUUCAAGUCUUUUGCCUAGGUUUAUCAUAUAAUGUCUUUUUUUUCUUAUUGACUUGUAGAUGUCCUAUCUACUGUUACUUUGUUAGUUAUAUGUGUUGCAAUAUUUUCCCAUUCUGUAAUCUGUCUUUUCAGUCUCUCUAUGGUGACUUUUAAUGAACAGGAGCUUUUAUUUAUUGGAAUCUAAUUUAUUAAGCUUUUCUUUUAUGGUUAAGCUUUUUAUGUCCUGAUUGAAAAUUUUUUUCCUAACAUGGAAUCAUGAAAUAUUUUUCCACAUUAUUUUAUAAAAGCUUUAUAGUUUUACCUUCACUCUUGGGUGUCAAUCCACCUAUAAUUUACUUUGUGUGUGGUGUGAUGUAGAUAUUCAAUUUUAUAUUUUUUUACCAUAUAAAUAACCAGUUGUCUCCAGUUGAACUUUUAAUCGAAAAAUUCAUCCUUUCCUCAAUGGUAUUAAAUAUUAUCUCUGUCACAUAUCAGGUUUCCAAAUUUGUGUCUUUUUGUAGUCUCUCUAUACUAUUCCAUUGGCUUGUUUUCUUAGUUACUGUAAUUUUACAGUACCCGGUACACUAUUUCUUCUACCUAAUUCUUUUUCAAGUGGACCCUGCUAAUCUUAGUUAUUUGUGUUUCUGUAUAAAAUUUAAAAUAAGCUUGCCAAUUUACACCGAAAACAAAACACCUGCCGGGAGUUUUACUGGGAUUGCACUUGAUCUAUUGAUCAAUUUGGUAUAUCUCCCAAUUUACUUUUUAUUAAAUUAUAAUAUACAUACAGAAAAGUAUAGAAACUAUAAGUAGACAAAUUAAACACACUAAGUAACCAGCACCCAGAUCAAAAAACAGAAUACCACCAGAAUCUCAGGCCUCUAAAGAACCCGUUUUCGCUACCAUCCUCACCCACAACAGGUACUAAUAUCAUGUAUUAAUUUUGUCUACUUUUGAACUUUAUUGAAAUAGGAAAAAUAAGUCACACAGUAUGUACUUGGCUUUUUUUUCAUUCAGCGUUAUGCUUAUGAAACUCAUCCAUGUUGUUCAGAUAGCUAUAUUUUGUUUACUCUCAGCGUUGUAGUGUGUAGUCUUCCAUAGUAUGAAUUUAUCACAAUAGGUUAUUCCAUUCCAUUGUAGAUAGACAUUUGAGUUAUUUCUAAUUGGGG